AUGGAGAACGAGCCUGGAAUAGUGUCUCCUUUCAAACGAGUCUUCCUGAAGGGCGAAAAAGGUCGGGAUAAAAAAGCCCAGGAGAAGGUUACGGAGAGACGGCCUCUGCAUACGGUGGUGGUGUCCCUGCCUGACCGCGUCGAACCAGACGUGCUGCUGAAUGACUACAUCGAGAAAGAAGUGAAGUAUUUAGGUCAACUCACAUCCAUCCCAGGGUACCUGAAUCCCUCCAGCCGCACGGAAAUCCUGCAUUUGAUCGAUAAUGCAAAGAGAGCGCACCAGCUCCCGGGGCAGCUGACCCAAGAACACGAUGCUGUCAUCAGUCUCUCUGCCUACAACAUCAAGCUGGUGUGGAGGGAUGGAGAAGAUCUCAUCCUCAGGGUCCCCAUCCAUGACAUCGCGUCCGUUUCCUACAUCCGAGAUGACUCCUCUCACUUGGUCGUGCUGAAGACAGCUCAGGACCCUGGGAUCUCCCCAAGCCAGAGCCUCUGUGCCGAGAGCUCCAAAGCGCUUACUUCAGGCUCGCUGUCUGAGAGCGGGGUGGUUCCUGUCGAAGCUUGUUGCUUGGUGGUCCUGGCUACAGAGAACAAAGUGACUGCCGAGGAGCUGUGCUCACUUCUCAGCCAAGUCUUCCAGAUUGUUUACACUGAGUCCACGAUAGACUUCUUGGACCGAGCAAUAUUCGAUGGGGCGUCCACGCCGACGCGGCACAUGUCCUUACACAGCGACGACUCUUCUACAAAAGUGGAUGUUAAGGAACCUUACGAAACGGAAGCAAGCACUUUUUCCUUUCCAGAAACCUUGGAUGCAGGUGACAACUCCCCCUCUUCCUUCUCCACACAACAGUCUCCGCACGUUAAGACAGUCAGUGAGAGCGAGCUGAGCACCACGGCGACGGAGCUGCUCCAGGACUAUAUGAUGACGCUCCGAACGAAACUCUCUUCCCAAGAGAUCCAGCAGUUCGCAAUGCUCCUGCACGAGUAUCGCAAUGGGGCUUCGAUCCACGAAUUCUGCAUCAACCUGAAGCAGCUCUACGGGGACAGCAGAAAGUUCCUGCUCUUAGGUCUUCGCCCCUUCAUCCCCGAGAAAGACAGCCAACACUUUGAGAACUUCCUCGAGACCAUCGGGGUGAAGGAUGGCCGGGGCAUCAUCACAGACAGUUUCGGGAGGUACAGGCGGACUCUCAGCACCACCUCCAAUUCCACCACCAACGGCAACGGCGCUGCCGGCAGCUCGGAUGACCAGUCCGUCCCUUCGGAGGAGGACGAGUGGGACCGAAUGAUUUCGCACAUCAGCAACGACAUCGAAGCCCUGGGGUGCAGCAUGGACCGCGAUUCCUCCUGAGAGCGAGCUGGGGGAGGACGGCCCCGGCAGCUCCCCGCGCCGGGGAAGGGGGGUGCUCGCUCCGGCACCCUCCCACCCUCUCGGAGAGACCCCGCAGCGGCGCCUGUAUCCUGACCGUCAUUCUGGAAGAGGUUUUGGGGCUAGAUCAGGAUGUAAUUACUCUCCCAGCCUUGUUAAUGGCUCCAAGUGGCCGUUGGCAGGCGGCCGGUGCCCUCUCACCGUGCCGGCACGCUGCGGCGGAGGACCCCGGGGCAGGAGCCCGGCCUGCAGCCGUCCCUGGUUUGGUUUUGCCGGCGCAGCGGGGAGCGAGGCCGGGGAGACAAGUCAGCUACAACCCUCUGCCUGGUUUACAGUUUUGCACAUGGUAUCCCUAUUGUAACUGCUCUCCUCCUCCUCCUCCUCUUCUUCCUCCCCCUGUUUUUGAAUGAAGUUUACCACAAUGUGAAUUAUUUAAACCUAUUGUCGAUGUUGUUGAAACAUUUCGGCUCCAGACCCGCAGGAGAAGCUGCCGAUGCUGCGGCGGUAACAGAUGCCGGCCGCACCGUGAGCUUUGUGCUUGGGCUGCCGCAGCCCGGCCCGCAAACCCCGUUCC